AUGGGCCGCGGCAUGGCGGCCAACCUCCUCAACAAGACGUUCGCCGGCCAGCAAGGCGUCUUCACCCCGGGCCAACCAAAGCCCGCGUUCGUCGUGUUUGACGCGCACCCGCCCGCGCUGUCCAAGUUCCUCGACGAGCACACGCGCGCCUACGCCGGGCGCGACGUCGUGCCCGCGAGUGCGCCCGCGGGCGUCGCCCGCAUGGCGAGCACGAUCGUGACGAUGCUGCCCUCGCGCCACGAGGUCGAAGAGGUCUACUGCGGCGAGAACGGCAUCUUUGAGGCGCUCGAGGGCCUGUCGGACGCGAGGAGGAGGGAGACGCUCUUGAUCGACUGCACGACGGGCGACAGGGAGCACAGCGUCGAGGUGGCGAGGAGGGCGAGCGACCUCGGCGUCGACAUGGUCGAUGCGCCCGUGAGCGGCGGCGUCGUUGGCGCCGACAAGGGCACGCUCAGCUUCAUGGUCGGCGGCUCCGAGCAGGCGUUCAACCGCGCGCAACCGCACCUCGCAAAGAUGGGCGCGCGCUUCAUCCACUGCGGCCCGUCCGGCAACGGCCUGGCCGUCAAGAUCUGCAACAACCUCCUCCUCGGCAUCAACAUGAUCGGCACGGCCGAGGCCAUGCUCCUCGGCGAGUCGCUCGGCCUCAAGCCCGACGUCCUCGCGAGCGUCAUCAACACCUCUACGGGCAAGUGCUGGCCGAGCGAGGUCAACAACCCGGCGCCCGGCGCGCUCCCUGGCGUCGGGACACCCGCCGACCGCGGCUACUCGGGCGGGUUCCUCACGAGGCUCAUGAGCAAAGACCUCCAACUCGCGCUCACGUCGGCCUCGCGCUCGUCCACGCCGCUCCCGCUCGGCCAGCUCGCCGCAAAGCUGUACGAGCGCCUGUCGCAGCGCGACGACUUUUCGUCGAGGGACUUUUCGGUCGUGUACGAGUACUUGAGGGACGCGAGGGAGGGCGCGAGGGUGCAGGCUGAGGGCGAGGGCGAGAUCGAGGGCGAGGCGCAGCUGGAGCAGGGGCGGGCGAAGCUGUAG